AUGUCUUGCUUCUAUAACUACCGUUCCACCACUCCUACCACUUCUCCUUCAUCUGUAGUCGCAAAAGUAGCACCAGCUGCUGCAUCGCCAGUCGGAAUGGACGAGAAUAGCUAUCAUCAACAAGACGACCUGUUGUUCUACAUGUCUCCCCCGACAAAGUCCACCAGCCUCCUCGUUGCCAAUACCACCGCCACCACCGUCGCCACCGCCACCGCCACUGCCACCGCCACCACUACUACCACUACCACCACUACUUAUCCUCAUCCUCCACCACCCACUCGCGACAAUGUGGGAAUGGAAAAGGUGGAGGGGUUCAUGUAUAGCGUGCCUAAAUUCGAACCUCAUCCAUUGUUGAACAAGUCGUCCGCUGCAAUGGGUUUAGUCGUCGGUUGUGGUGUCACCACUACUACCAACGGCAACAGGUGGCGUGGAUCCGCUGGAAUGGAGGAGGUUGGGAGGAAUGGUAGAUUAAAGUUCGGUGGCCGAAAGGGAAGAAACAUUAAUAGUAAGGGAUUUCAUGGUAUUGUACGACCGUCGUUCUUCGAUCUCAAAGCAGCUCCUUCAACUUCCAUAUCUCCAUCUCCAUCAAGUCUUUCCCUCGCUCGUCUACCAUCAUCGAAGGACCAACAACAACAACAACGACAACAACAACAAGCGGAGGAGGACCAUGACCACGACCACCUAAAAUCAAACAGUAACACCAACGAUAUCAACGAUAUCAACAACAACAAAAAUGAACGACCACCUUAUGCAUUCUCACCUUCCCUUUCUUCUGCGGUGCCUGGUGAUGAUAACAACAAGGUCCCGACAACAGCAGCAGCAGCAACAACAGGAUUCGGGUUCGGAUUUGGAUUUGGAUUCGGUGCUGGCCCAGCAGCACCUGGCGUGCCGCCGCCGCCGCCGAUGAGGAUGACGGCAGCUGGAAUGCUUGGAGGUGUGUUACUUGGUCGUACAGCAGGUGUGGCAUUGGCCGCCACUGCAGGAGGUGCAGCUCCUAUUCGUAUCCCACCUCGCAUUUCAUACGGUUCCCAACUCGACUUUGGCGACUCAGACUCAGACCCUUCCGAGUCCGAAUCCGAGUCGAACGACGACGAUGAUGAUGAUUCUCCAUCUUCUUUCUCCAUCCCUUCAUCGUUCUCCUUGUCACCUCCACCACCUAGCGCUUCCUUCUCCUCUACAUCUUCGACGUCCUCAUCUGACUCCUCGGAUGAUAGCACUGUCGCUUCGUCGGAUGAUGAUGAUCACGACGACGACGACGACAUACUCGAUUUCUUCUAUGAUGCUGAUUUGGAGAUGGAUGGAAUGUCGUACGUCGAUGGCGUUGGAACUCGGUCCCAAUCUUCUCAGUCUUGUGGCAGUAGUAGUUCGUCGUCGUCGUCGAGCCCUUCGUGUUCGUCCGAGUCGUUUUCGUGCCGUGGAGAGUACUCCUAUCCUUGGUAUAGCAAUAACAACAACAACAGCAACGGCAACAACAACAACGCCCAGUCAUCGUUGUCGUCUACCGUAGCAGCGGCGGGAGGACGUUAUCUAUCAUUGGAUACGUCUUUGAAGAGGGAAGUUCGAAGUGGUGUGGGAGUGGGAGCGGGAGCCGGAGAUGCUGAUGCUGCUGGUGUUGGGAGAGGGAGAAUGUUCGAAAGGAGGAGUGGCGAUAAGAAGAAGAUGAAGAAGAAGCAGAAGCAGAAGCAGAAGCAGGAGAUGGGGAUGGGGAUGGGGAUGGGGAUGAUGACGAUGAUGGAGGUGAGAGGAGGACAAGGGCAAGAACGGGAGGUGGUGGUCGAUGAGGAUGAUAAGAUUUGGGAGGAACGUGGGAGGAAACGACGAUGA